GCGAGCGAGCCGAGCGCGCCCCCCCGCCCACCCCAGCGGUGCCGCGCCGGGCGGCGUCCGGGCGGCAUGGAGAAGGACGGCCUGAGCCGCGCAGACCAGCAGUACGAGUGCGUGGCGGAGAUCGGGGAGGGCGCCUAUGGGAAGGUGUUCAAGGCCCGGGACCUGAAGAACGGAGGCCGUUUCGUGGCGCUGAAGCGCGUGCGGGUGCAGACGGGCGAGGAGGGCAUGCCGCUCUCUACCAUCCGCGAGGUGGCGGUGCUGAGGCACCUGGAGACCUUCGAGCACCCCAACGUGGUCAGGUUGUUUGAUGUAUGCACAGUGUCACGGACAGACAGAGAAACCAAACUAACAUUAGUGUUUGAACAUGUUGAUCAAGACUUGACCACUUACUUGGAUAAAGUCCCGGAGCCUGGAGUGCCCACUGAAACCAUAAAGGAUAUGAUGUUUCAGCUUCUCCGAGGUCUAGACUUUCUUCAUUCUCACCGAGUAGUGCAUCGUGAUCUAAAACCACAGAACAUUCUGGUGACCAGCAGUGGACAAAUAAAGCUGGCUGACUUCGGCCUUGCCCGCAUCUACAGUUUUCAGAUGGCUCUUACCUCAGUGGUCGUCACGCUGUGGUACAGAGCUCCAGAAGUCUUGCUUCAGUCCAGCUACGCCACCCCUGUGGACCUCUGGAGUGUUGGCUGCAUAUUUGCAGAAAUGUUUCGUAGAAAGCCUCUUUUUCGUGGAAGUUCAGAUGUCGAUCAGCUUGGAAAAAUCUUGGACGUCAUUGGACUCCCAGGAGAAGAGGACUGGCCUCGAGAUGUCGCCCUUCCCAGGCAGGCUUUUCACUCAAAAUCUCCUCAACCGAUUGAGAAGUUUGUAACAGAUAUUGAUGAACAAGGCAAAGACCUACUUCUGAAGUGCUUAACAUUUAAUCCAGCCAAAAGGAUAUCCGCCUACAGUGCCCUGUCUCACCCAUACUUCCAUGACCUGGAGAGGUGCAAGGAGAACCUGGAUGCCCAUCUGCCUCCCAGCCAGAACAGCUCAGAGAUGAAUACAGCCUGAGGUGCCGGCCGCUGCCUUGAGCUGAUCACCCGGAGAACACCCUUGGGGGCUGAUGGCCCCCCCACACCCUGAGUAAGCCCCGGCAGAGGUGCUGAGGAUCACUGGCUGGGGAUCUUCUAGUUGCCGUCUUCUGGACGGGCUCUGCUUCUCCAUGGAAACCACCUCGUGUACUGUUUUGAAAUCAAUGCAAGAAUGUUUGCAGCUUUAUGUUCGUUCGUUUGUUUGUCUGUUUGUUUGU